UGCUGCUGCACCUGGAGCCGCCAGGCGGCGCUGUGUGCCGGAAGUCCCGGUGCUCUCCGGUGUGUGAGCAGACAGCAUGGCGGCCUUCAGGAAGGUUGUGUCCGGACUCCGCCUCACCUCCUGCCGGCUCAGCAGAACCUCCUUCAGCUCGGAGCCCGGCGGGGCCCCGGGCGCGGACCGUCCCCGCUCCGGCUUCGCCGCGGCCUUCGAGCUGCAGUCGGAGCUCCGGCGGGAGGCGGAGAGCUCCGCGGCCGGCGGAGACGCCUCGUCCUCCGGCCGGGAGGAGAGUUUCGGCUCGCUGCUCCGUCGCUCCGCGUUGAUCCAGAUGGGACCGGCCAGAGGGAAGGUGGUGUACGGGAAGGUGGUGCACGUGAUCCAGGACGACCUGUACGUGGACUUCGGCGGGAAAUUCCACUGCGUGGUCCGGCGGCCGGCGGACGGAGAGCGGCUUCAGCGGGGCAGCAGGGUCCGGCUGCGGCUGCACGACCUGGAGCUCACCGGCCGCUUCCUGGGAGCCACAACGGACACCACGCUGCUGGAGGCUCAGGCCACCCUGCGGGAGCUGCUGGAGGACCGGGAGGCCCCGGAGAGCCACGGCCCGGACCAGGACCAGAACCGGGACUGAGCCACAGCACCAUGAAGGGACUGACGGAGGGACUGUGGAGGAGGAGGAGGAGGUCUGCAGGAGGAGCUGCUCCUGUUGGUGUGUUGACUGUUGAACUGUGCGGGUGGAGAGGAGAUCAGCUGCGUCUGUUCACUGUUUAAUUGUUUAAUUGUUGUUCACUGUUAAUAUUGAUAAUAAAUGUCAGUUAUAUUGGC